UUUAAUCACUUCCUGCAUUCGAGCUUUCCAGCCGCAACGACAUAGCGAGAGAAGCAAUACGACCAUGGGCUUUGUUGAAGAACUCAAGACCGGAAACUUUAGUCUCUAUGGGCAAUGGCAAGUGCUAAGCAGGCGGCCAGAGAGGAGCAUGGAAGGAGGAGUGCGAACCAAACACAGGGAACUGGAACACUCGUAUACUAAUGCGAUAAUUUCUCCUGUGUAGGAUGGCGCUAUUGUCUGGAGUGCUUCUUAUUGUCCUCGGUGGGGUGACGUUCUUGUUCCACAUUGUGUACUCGAUUCUGGCGAUCGUGUUUGGCGCCAUCUGCAUCCUGAUCGAGAUUCCGUUCUUAAUGAAGCUGUGUCCGACGGGGCCGGCGUUCGACAGGGCGUUCGGCGGGCUCAAGAACCAUUGGUGGCGGUUUGUUGCAUACUUGGUGUUUGCGAUUGUGAUGUGGUCGUCACUAGCCAAGGGCGGGGGCGUUCUGGCAAUUGGGGCGGUGACGAUUACGUUGGCGGCGGCGUGCUACUUUGUCGCCGCAGUGAAGAAGCAGGCCAAGGUCACAUCGGCGAUGUUUGGCGGCGGCAACGAGAGCCAUCACGGCUUUGACACCACAAACGCGCUUCCGAUCUAG